AUGGCCGAGGCGACGGAGGAACUGAAUGCAGAUGGAGUACAAGAGGAGACAUAUUUUUACAGAAAAAGGGUAAAAUGUGCACCAGAAGAAGAGGAGCGAUUGGAGCGGCAACACUUCUGGAAAGUCAUCGAUGCAUUCAGAUAUUAUAGAGUCCACAUUCACGAGCGGGUGAAUCGAGCAGAGAGACACUUCCAGCUCCUCCCAGAGCACCACAGGAUGCUGCUUCCCCACUUCCUGUCCAACCUGGCCAAGGUCCGGGUGAGCGUGGACCACAACCAUGAAGUGCUGCAGGCCAUCGUGCUCAACUGCGUGCACAUGUUCGAGAACAUGGAGUACGGAGAAGAGGACGACCUGAGGAAGGUGCGCCCGUCGUCCACGUUCGACAUGGACAAGCUCAAGUCCACCAUCAAGCAGUUUGUGCGGGACUGGAGCGAGGUGGGAAAGCCAGAGAGGGACACCUGCUACCAGCCCCUCAUCGACCAGAUCCUGAAGAUAUUCCCCAGGGAUAAAUGCGACCCCUCCAAGGUGAACGUCCUGGUGCCCGGGGCUGGGCUGGGGCGGCUGGCGUGGGAGAUCGCCAGUCUGGGCUACUCCUGCCAAGGGAACGAGUGGAGCUUCUUCAUGCUGUUCUCCUCCAACUUUGUGCUGAACAGGUGCGAUGAAGUGAAUUCUAUGACGCUGUAUCCAUGGGUGCACCAGUUCAGCAAUAACAAGAGAUCAGCUGACCAGGCACGGCCGGUGACCUUCCCCGACGUAAACCCUCAGAGUCUUCCGCCUAACUCCGAUUUCUCUAUGGUUGCAGGGGACUUCCAGGAAGUCUACACGGAGCCAAAUUCCUGGGACUGUGUCACCACCUGCUUUUUCAUAGACACUGCUCACAAUGUGAUUGACUACAUAGAAACGAUCUGGAAUAUUCUCAAACCCGGCGGUGUGUGGAUUAAUUUAGGUCCACUACUGUACCACUUUGAAAACAUGGCGAAUGAACUGUCAGUCGAGCUCAGCUACGAAGAUAUCAAGGCAGUCAUUUUAAAAUAUGGAUUCCAAAUGGAGGUGGAGAGAGAGUCCGUCCCCACCACGUACACGGAGAACGAGCGCUCCAUGCUCAAGUACCUGUACGACUGCGUCUUUUUUGUAGCUCGAAAACCCGCUCACCUCUUCUCCAACGGCUUCCCGGCUGCGGACGCGUGCCAGUUCGGGGAGUCGCAACAGAACGAAAACGACGAGGACAUGACAUGACGUUCAGACAAGUUACCAGCCGAGAAAAUUAUAAUUAUUAUUUUUUUAUUAUUAUUAUCAUGCUGCCCUCGCAACUUGCAUAGUAUGCUUUUCAUACUGUAAGAGUCUGCAAAGGAAUAACCGGACACUACUCGACAAAGGUGACCAAUGACGAGGUCAUCAGUGUUUGAUUUUUUUUUUUUCCCUCUUCAGUAAAGACCGGAAUCGGUGCCUUUUGUCAUGUCCAUAUGUAUUCCCAGAUUAUUAUUUUUUUCAUUCUGAAGUGUCGGUAAAUCAUUUGCAUGCGCUUCAGAAGGCAAUUGUAAUUUUCAACUGUGUAUAUUUAUUUUCUCAAAUGACUAAAGUUGUUUUAAACUUAAUGUAUUUGGAAAUGGCUUAUUUUCCUCCAUCUUGUACACACUUUACAAUAAAGGAAAAAAUAAACUUUUUUAAACUUUUACAAGUGCAAAAUGGAGUGUUUUCCAUAAUACAACAUGUAUUUUAUCAAGAC